AGUGAUCAGUCGUAAAUUUUUAUUAUCAAUUUUACUUGUUCUCAUCGAAAUAACAUAUUAUUACAAACGAUCGAAAGUAAUUUAAAAAUAGCAGCUAUGAAGUAAAUUUUAAGCACUGUAUAACUGUCUAAAAAUCAAGAAUUUUUCACAAAUAUGAGUUAUCAAGAUGAAUAUGUGGGGUCUUUCCCCAAGGUUUUUAGUUAUGGACCAUUUGAACAGAAUGGGGACAACGAUACUAGUUCUCUACAAGAGGACCCAAAACCUCGAAUUCUUUUAAUGGGAUUAAGAAGAUCUGGAAAAUCAUCAAUUCAAAAAGUUGUUUUUCAUAAAAUGUCCCCAAACGAGACGUUGUUCCUGGAAUCUACAAACAAAAUAGUCAAAGAUGAUAUAAACAACAGUAGUUUUGUACAAUUUCAAAUAUGGGACUUUCCUGGACAAAUAGAUUUCUUUGACCCAGCAUUUGAUUCAGAGUCAGUCUUUGGUGGCUGUGGUGCUCUGGUUUUUGUUAUUGAUGCUCAGGAUGAUUACCAAGAAGCAUUGGAGAAACUGUUGCUAACUGUCACAAAGGCAUAUAGAGUAAACAGCAACAUUAAGUUUGAAGUUUUCAUUCAUAAGGUUGAUGGUUUGAAUGAUGAUUACAAAAUGGAAUCACAAAGAGACAUACAUCAUCGAGCGCGAGAGGACCUAGCAGACAACAGCCUGGACCAUGUGCAUGUAUCUUUCCAUCUCACAUCUAUCUAUGACCACUCAAUAUUCGAAGCCUUCAGCAAAGUAGUGCAAAAACUUAUACCACAGCUGCCCACGUUGGAAAAUUUGCUUAACAUAUUGAUAUCUAACUCUGGAAUUGAGAAGGCUUUCCUCUUUGAUGUGGUGUCGAAAAUUUACAUAGCAACAGACAGUUCUCCGGUUGAUAUGCAAAGUUACGAGCUAUGCUGUGAUAUGAUAGAUGUGGUUAUUGAUAUUUCCGGUAUAUAUGGGAUGGUGGACGAAACUGAUAUCAAUACUUUUAACAGUCAGAGCUCAAGUUUGAUCAAACUAAACAAUGGCACUGUACUAUAUUUGAGAGAAGUUAACAAGUUUUUGGCUCUUGUAUGCAUCCUCCGAGAAGAAAAUUUCCAAAAACAAGGUGUGAUAGAUUACAACUUCCUAUGCUUUCGCGACGCGAUAACCCAGGUAUUUGAAUUAAGAAACAAAUCUCAAUGCGCUAUCAAGACUCGGGCAGACAUGGAAUACUUACACAACGGAAUCCAGGCAGCGGACAAAUCUAAUGAGCACCUGCAAGUACCUUAGCACAAUCAUAUUUAAACUGUAGAACUAUAUAUAUCAUAAUUCAUAAUAAUAUAUAUAACUUACAAUAUAAUACUGUAUUUGUAAUGUGAAAAGGAAAAAUAUAUUUUUCAUUUUAUUAUAAAAUACUUCCCUCUUGUUAUCAAUA